AUGACGCGGAUGGUAGAGGGCACGGAGGCGCCUUCAGGGCCCUAUCGGCAACAGCUAACUCCAGCAGCAGCAGCCAAUACAGCAGCAGCAAAUGCAGCAGCAGCAGCAAAUGCAGCAGCAGCAGCAAGUGCAGCAGCGGAAGAUCUAGCAGCAGCAGCAACACUGUCGGAAUUGGCAGUUCCGUUAAUUGACAGCACAGCAGCAGAAGCAGCAGAAGCAGCAGAAGCAGCAGCAGCACGAGCAGCAGCAGCAGCAGAAGCAGAAGCAGAAGCAGCAGCAGCAGCAGAAGCAGCAGCAGCAGCAGCAGCAGCAGCUCCCACAGCAUCUGGGUUUAAGUCAUCGUUUGGUGCCGCAUCUGCAGCAACAGCAGCAUCUCCUGCAGCAGAAGAAGCAGCAGAAGCAGCACCAUCAAGAACCCCCUCCCCAGCAGCAUCUGCCCCAGCAGCAGCAGCAGCAGCGGAAGCAGCAGCAGCAGCAGCAACAGCAACAGUAGGGCAGAAGUGUGUAUCUUCAUUCUUAAAGUACAGCUCUUCUGCUGCUUCACGUCGGGGCCCCUCUGGUGCAGCAGCAACACCUUCGUUGCUGCUGCCGCGCGCACGCGGGAUCCGAUCCCGAUCCCCGUCUCCCAGUUCGUAUUCCCCCCGCAGGCGAAGAGACCCCACAACUGCAGCAGCAGCAGGAAGCAGCAGCAGCAGCAGCAGCAGUGUAUGCAGGAUAAAUGUAGGCCCUAAGUAUCAGGUGCCUCGCCUACCUUCUUUCUUUUUAUCUGAAGACAACGAAGAGAGACGCUUUGCUUCUUUAGAGGCCCCCGAUGAUGAGGGGCCCCUGGGCCCCCGUUUAGUUUAUUCAGCUAGGGCUUUGCUUCGUGUUGCUGCUGCUCGUGCAGCAGCAGCAGCAGAAGAAGAAGCAGCAGCAGCAGCAGCAGCACCUGCAACACAAACUGCACCUGGAAAUGUUUCUACAGUGCCUGCAGCAACAGCAGAAACAGCAGAAACAGCAGCAACACCAGCAACAGAAGCAGCAGCAGCAGCAGGAGCAGCAGAGGGAGAAGCUGCUGCUCGAGGUGUCUCUGCAGCAGGAAGCUAUUUAUCUGGUGCUAAUCUAGACCUGUCUCUUUAUCUGCAGCAUGCAGCAGCAGCAUGGGGAUCGUCAGGUGUUUGUGUUGCUGCUGAGGAUUUCGCGCUGCAGCUGCUGCAUGCAGUAGACUAUGACCCUGAUAUUGCGCUGCAGCUAUUAAGAGAAGCAAAGGGCUCCCUAUACACCCCAAAGACAGGCUUCAUUAAAGGCCUCAAAGUUAACAGCAGUCAGAAGGGGGCCCCCGGAGGGGCCCCCAUAGGCAGCAGGGUUCAAAGGGUGCGCCAGGAGGGGCCCUCAUAUGUAACAGGGUUCAGAGGGGGCCACCGGGGGGGCCCCCUUAGGCAGCAGAGUUUAAAGGAGGCCCCACAAGGGGCCCCAAAUGCAGCAGGGUUCAAAGGGGGUCCUAGGGGGGCCCCCUUAUGCAACAGGGUUCAGACGGGGGCCUCAGGAGGGGCCCCCUUAGGCAGCAGUGUUUAUUGGGGGCCCCAGGAGGGGCCCCCAAUAAACAAGAGGGUUCAGAAGGGGGUCCUGAAGGGGCCCUAA